UUUAGAUAUAUCGGUAGAAGGGUGGGGGGUAAUCGAUAUCACCCUGUCACAAACAGAUGCUUAAUUAACAUACGCAUGUCAAUGUGAAAGACUAAAAACAGGUUGAUAUAAAUAGUGGUGGAUCGGUUAGGCUUUGGGAGUGUCACAAGCCACUGUUUCAUCAUGAGGAUCAGCAUCAUUGUCUGUGUCUGUCUGUUGGCGGGGUUUGUCGUCCUGGUGUCAGGUGAUCCAGAGUGCUCUGUCUGUGCCUUUGAAGAUCAAGUCAUUCAGCUGGGCGAGGACUGCGUCAAGGGAUGUCUGAGGUGUGCGCUUAACGAGGAGGGUGAGGCGGGGUGUGUCAACAUCUGCCCCACCCCGGAGUGUGAGGACGGGGUAGAGCCGGUCAUUCCCUUCGGCAAAUGCUGCCCCGUGUGUGACUACGAGGAUCCAUUUGAGAACAUGACGACACCACCCGACGGAACUGUGCCUCCCGGCAUUGCAUAAGCUUUAAUUUUCUAAAAAAAUAGUUUCACGAUUCAUAUUUACACAUUAUUUAGAUUACAACAAAGGAUUUUUUUAAAUAAAGCUUUUAUUCUAGAAGAAAAAAAAAAGCCUUUUCUCUGUGUUU